UCAUCUCUCCAAAAGCAAUUUACUUAUAUGUAUUCUAUUUCAUUGAUUCAUAGGAUUUAAAACUGUAGCGAACCCUUAUUUCCAGCAGCGCCGCAUUGCACUGGAGGAUGAACUUGCAAGACGAGCAGCAGACCAACAGCUGACCAAUACAAUCUCACCUGUAUCUGUGCGAUUAGCCCAACUCAUCGACGACGCUAAUCGACUUUUGGGAGAUGCAGAAGGAGAACCGGCACGAUAUAGACCAACAGCAGAGGAGUUGAGUAAUGAAUGCAAGAAUGCCAUAGCCCUUCUGCAGGAUGCACCAAAAUCUCACCCUUCUGUGCAAGCCCUCGAAGCAGUCCUAUCUCCUGCGGAAAGCAUGACCAGAGUUUUGCAAGAACAUGCUGACAACUGGGAUACAUUCCUACGGUUGAGGGAUGAAGCGGACAUGGAAUUAGGCAACUUGAGAGGACCUUUGGAAGAUGUUUCGCAGAAACCACGAAGAUCCACGAAUGAUGCCCAGCAGGAUUUCGAAGCAUUAUCUGCGCAAAGAGAGAAGACUAGUAUUCUUACAGACAAAAUUCGACAACUUCAACAAAUCUGUGAACUACUCGACCCCCUGGAGAGUCCUCGCGCAGACAUUCGCUUCAUUGAUGUUGACACUGAGCAGCUUGAGAAGCAAUACGAUGAUGUGUUAUCUGAUUUAUCAUCGGAGAUUGAAGAAGAGAACCUUCUAUGUGAUUCUAUGGAUCACUUCAACAACGAGAUAAACUCCAUUUCUGACCAAUUGUCCAAGGAGCCUACGAGGGAAAACCUCGAAAAUAUUGAAAAAUUCCAGGUCCCAGCUCUUCGUGCACAAUUAGCUAUGCUGAAGGAAAAACAAGAUGAGGCGAAGAAUUCUCGUAAACAUGUAGAUACAGACUCUUCUCGACUCGCAGCCCUAGAAGAUCGUAUGAAGAACCUUGACUCGAUGCUAGAAGACGCGAAGAAAGCCGCUGAGAGGGACGAA